AUGGACGAGGUCUAUUUGAGAAUGUCCAUAAAUGCCUACACCCCUACCGGCUUCUACGACAAUUCCCCCGAAGCCAUGCUCCAAGACCGACUCAACGAUGCAGCCAUUGCCCUCCAUCGAAUCCUGAGCCGGACCAACAUCCACUUUGGCAUUUUUGGAGGCUACGCUAUCGGCGUGCUAGGAGGAUUGCGGGAGAGUAAGGACAUUGACUGUAUUGCGUCGAUCUCAAAGCAACAAAUCCUAGCGAUCCUGGACGGACACGACGGGUUCGUCGCAAUCCCUCAGGGUCGACAAGACUACGUGGCGUUCCUGUGGUCCGGUAGACCCGAUCGCAGCCACGCCGUUCUCGUGGAGAUUUUCUGCGAGCAGUUCACAGGUGCCCAAUACACAAUGCAAGGCGUCCAGGCCUCUCUUCGCACGGUGAACGGCCAGCGACUGGGGGCCGGGCAAGCCAGCUUCCUCGAUCCGUUCUACCUGUUCAAAGGGAAACUCCGGGCCGCCGCGACUCGGUCCAAGUUCCACGACUCGGCGGAUCUGCGAUGGCUGGCCGACCGAUUCGGCAACCUCAUCCAGACCCGGCACGGGGAGCUGAACCUCCAAUAUAUUGGCCUGGCCCUGAAGCGGUACCCCGAACUCGAGCUGCGGUUCGGACGGAUCGGGGUGGAUCUUGCCCGAGCAAAGGAAGCGGCGCGUGAUCUGGACCCCUCCAGACUGCCGGCGCCUGCGCCGGGGGAUGUGCAGCGGGGAUUGCUGGGUUAG